CUCUCUGUCUUCUCCGCACUGGGAGCAGCUCUCUGGCCACAGCCCCUCAUCCUCUGAAAAUGUCCGCCUGUGCAAAGUUCGUCUCUGCCCCCUCCUUGGUCAGGAGCACCUGUCAGCGGUUGAGCCGAUCACUGUCUGCAGUGGCAUUAAAACCACCAGAGACACUGACAGAUGAGAGCCUCAGCAGCUGGGCAGCCCCACGUCCCCUGACCUCACUUAUUCCUAGCCGCAGUUUCCAAACCAGUGUUGCUUCAAGGGACAUCGACACAGCAGCCAAGUCCAUUGGGACUAGGGCUGCCACAGUUGGGGUGGCUGGCUCUGGGGCUGGAAUUGGGACUGUGUCUGGGAGCCUCAUCACUGGUCAUGCCAGGAAGCCCUCUCUGAAGCAAAAGCUCUUCUCCACCAUCCUGGGCUUUGCCCUCCCGGAAGCCACAAGGCUCUUCUGCCUGAUGGCGGCCUUUUGUAUCCUCAUCGCCAUGUGAAGGAGCCAUCUCCACCUCCCAUAAGUUUUUCUCCUGUGUUUCGUCUGCCCUGUGCGUUCCUUUUCCUAUACUUCCCCAGGCAGCCUGGGGAAAGUGGUUGGCUCAGGGUUUGACAGAGGAAAGACUA